AUGACAUCUCCCACUCCAUCACCUACCAAACACGAAUGGCUAGUCAUUCUUCCCGACCACGAAGGCGUGCUCCAAAAACGUCUCGAAGCCCGUCCCCAGCAUCUCGCCGGCGUUAAGCCGCUAGCCGAAGCUGGUGCCAUUCUUUUCGGAGGCGCAUUCUUCGAUGAUUUACCUCCAGAGGGAGAGACGCCUCAAGUAAAAGGAACAGUGCUUCUAGCCUAUGCGGAGAGUAAGGAAAAGGUCUUGGAACAACUGCGUCAGGAUGAAUACACAAAGAGUGGUGUGUGGGACUGGGAUAAAGUGCAGAUUUAUGGGUUUAAAACUGCUUUGAGAAAAGGAUUGGAUGGUGGGAUAUAG